CCGGCAGGCCGGAGGAGAUCGUGAAGGCAGGCCGGGGAGAGGGAACGGAGUGUGUGAUCGUGUGGGCAUCAGCGUGGGCAGCCCGUCACAGGCAGUUAACAGAACUCUGGAAGAAUUGAACAAGCUACUUCUUUGACGCCCACAUUGGUUACUUCAUUUAAAAGUGAUUUGACACAUACAAAAAUACCAGAAGCCUUAUGAAACACCUGCAUGAAAAUAAAGCUGGGGGCCAGCCCCGUAAGAAGAAUUCCUCCUCUGGUAAGGACAGCAGGACGCCAACAGUGCAGACUCUGGAUGACAGUGGGCGGAUCAGUAUCUUAAAUCGAAAACUCUUGGCCCAAAAACGAUCUCUACAAGGUUUGAGCAGCAUGGGAGGUGGUGCUGCAGGAAGUGCUGAUGAUGCCAAAAGACCUAAGCUCUUGCCUGAAGUGAAUUCACCUAGCCAAGAAUCUGAAGAGGAGUCAGAUGACAGCGAUUAUGAGAGAGUGGAGAGUGAUAAUGAUGCCAGUGAUACUACAGAGAGCGAUGAAGAUGAUGGGGAUGAAACUGGCAGUGAUGCAUCAGAAAGUAGUAAUGAAGACUCUGAAGAAACCGCAGGCCAGCCUUCAAGGCCUGAUUUAACAAAAGAAUUGUCUUCAAUGUCUUUUGAGGAGCUGUUACAAAUGAGAAACCAAGUUGGGAUGAAGGCUUAUCAGCAAAUGACAUCUAAGAAAAGGCCACCCGAUGUCACAAAAACAAAGAAAAGACCAUGUUUGAGCAAAAACAGGCCUUUGGAAACUUCAGCCAAACUGCCAGUACCUUUUUUGCGGCAAGUUGUGCCCGUUAAGAAAAAGGUGUCCAGAGAUCCUCGUUUUGAUGACCUCUCUGGGGAAUAUAAAUCAGAAGUAUUUGAAAAAACAUAUAGUUUCUUAAAUGAUGUGAGGAAGAAGGAGAAAGAGGUUAUUCAGAAGCAACUGAAGAAAAGCCAAAAUGUGGAAGAGCAGAACAAAUUGCAGCAGCUCCUUAAGCGAAUGACACAACAGGAAGAAGCACAGAGAAAAUGUCAGAAGAAGAGAGAAAAUUCCCUGGCAUUCAAGAGGCAGCAAAGAGAGUUGGCCAAGCAAGGAAAGAAGCCUUUCUUCUUAAAGAAAUCUGAAAUACAGAAAUUGGAACUUGCUGAGAAAUACAAAAAUCUGAAGAAAAGUGGGAAGCUGGAGAGUUUCCUGAACAAGAAGAGGAAAAGGAAUGCUGCUAAGGAUAAAAGGAGACUCCCUUUUCGGAAGAAUAACUAAUCUCUGGCUACCCCCACCCAAGCUCCCCUCUUCAAAAGAAGACUUUACCCACAAAUUCAUACUUUGUCAGUUGUACAGGCAACUCUAGGAAAGAUGACCUCUUGAGCUUUAAGCCAGGCAGUGAGGGCGAAUAGCCAGGAAUCAUCCCACAGUUCAAGAUACUCUGCCAAGUAAUUUAUGUCUGCUGAAAAAAAAAUGAUUAUGCAAAAUUAUGUUUCAAUUUCACAAGCACCUCUGAAAUUUUGAAAAAGGAAUAUUUUUAGUGAUUAAAUUUCCUGCUGCUUAUUCUUCUUUUCCUUCCAGGACAAGAAGUAAUAGAUCCCUAUCAAUCUGAUUUUGGUCCCCUCUCCUUUUCCCAAAACUGAUCUUCCUCCUUCCAGUCUAUUUUUUCUACUGUGUCAGGGUUGGCAUUCACCUACCGUUUUUCAGAAUUGCCUUCCUGGAGAGCACUCUUUUACCUUCCUGCAGCUACCCAUUAGUCCUGCUUGAUUGUGGUUCCAGCUGUUUUAUUUGCAAAGCUUAACAGAAUAACAAUAACUGAUGCUUAACAAAUUUCCCAGUGAACAGCAGUCCUGCACAAGGUAGAAUUUUCAAUAAAGCACUAUUUGCAGUAUUGCAGAUGGAAGAAUCACAAACAGCAUAUUGAAUUCUAAUCUUAAAACGGCAUAUAUAUAUUCUAGCUUCUUAAACUUGGGUUAGGGGCAACUGGUUUUUUUUUUUUUUUUUUGGUAAUAUGAAUGCGUUUACUUUUACUGCUGAAGUGGACUAUGAACAGUGAAGUCCAUGUUUUUAGCAAGUUUUUAGAAAAUUUAUGUAAACAUAUAGAGUGUUACUACAGUACAACACUGGCAAUUUAUAUUUGACUGAGUUUUCUGGAUCGCUAAUUAGCAUCACUGUUUCACUUGGUGUAUUUAAAAAUUUGUUAUUUUUAUAAGGUAAAUAUUUUAUUUGUUGGUAUAGAAUAUAGGAAUAACAAUAGAUAAAUCAUCUUAGCAAUACCUCAUAAUCAAAUAAAAGUUUUACAAUUUUUUAAUCUAGGUGUGAUUAGACAUGGUAUAUGAUGUCUUUUCUUGAACCAAUUUUUAUGGUUAGAGCAUAAAGUCCAUCUCCUGCAUUACAUAACUGAGACACAUUAAAAGCUUUGUCUGGUUAACAGUCAUCUAGACAAAGGAUCCUCCUUCAUCUUCUUAUAGAUUGACUGAAAUGCAUUUGAUCAACUAAACCACUAAAACAGAAUAAUCCCUAUAGAUACCACCUAAUGUAUCCUUAAAAGAAAAGCUGUGCCAAGUUGGUUUGUUUCUAGAGUAUUUUACUUUCCCCAACCAGAUUUCUCUUCUGGGUAUAUUUGCAAACUUCCUGAGGAGUUUCACAUAGUAGACUGACUAUGCUAUAAUAAAAUUAGCUGUUUUGGUAUGUGCUCGUGAAAAUGAAUGACCCAGAUACAGAUAAGAAAGUUUCUUCAGUGAAAAAUAUAUGUGAUUAAAGCAACCAUUGGGAACUAUAAAAAGCAACGAGAACCUUUGUGCCCAAGGAAAAGAGGUAGUUAGGAAGGGAGGGAUGAACUAAAUAUACCUGCUGCAUCUUGCAAGCAAAACGGAAGCAGUAGUGCAGUAAAUUAAAUGUAGAGAUUCAAACUUGAUUCCAUUUUAGCUGGGUGCUGAGAAAACCCUUAAUAAUUUGCUUUUUUUUUUCUUCCAAGUUUGUCAAUGACUCUUGAAUGGAUGCUAUUUCAAUCUCUUAGAGAGGAAUUAAAGGCUUCAAAUGGAAGUUUAAACAGCCAAUAGUUUGAAAAUGAGGCAAGUCUCUUUCGUUUGUUGUAAAAAGCAACUUCCUAAGACCUCUGCAAAUUGAUUUAUUUCUUAUUUCAAAUAUUUAUUAGUCUCUUUAUAGCUAAUAGCUGUCAGGAUACCAUCCAAUUUUUAUUAAAUGAAAACUGGAAAUAUCAAAAUACUUUAAAAAUCAAAGAAAACAAAAAACAGCAAAGAAAAAAAGUUUAAAAAUCUUAAAAAUCAUAGUUAUUUUAAAAGUGUUCAUAUUUCUCUGAAAAGUACCUUUCAAAGCACAUUUCAAUGUUGUUUCUUCUAUUAUCGGUGUGUCCAGUCCUCUUAGAUCCUUGAGUCUUGAAGAAUACAUUAAUAUUUAAUUUCCCUGGAUUUGAACAACUUUCCAGUCAAUGCAAGAGGUAUGGUUUGGUCUUUUAUUCUGCCAACAAAGUCUUCCAUUUCUCCCAGAUCAUUGUAAUAAAGACCAUGCCUCAUACGGUUUUAGUUGUUUUGUUCAUUCUCUAGGGAGCACAAGUGGAAAUACCACUAGAUCUUUUUCUGCUGUCAGCUGUCUGUGUUUCUAAAGAAUGAAAAUAUUUUCCUGUGUAAAUUACAGUAAGAAUGUACAAUAUGAAUAUGAAUACUAAAGAAGGGAGAAAUAAAAUAGUUUGUAUGAAAACAAA